ACCUUCUGUCCACAUAUUACAAAAUACUGCAACAGAAGGAUCCUAUCAUGUUCAACAUGUGUCAUUGUUAAGCAUACCUGUAUGAAUAAUUUUAAUAAAAUAUGUAUGUGGUUUUCAGAGUUUUAGAGUUUAACUUUUUAUUGUCUAAAUCAUUUAAAUUAUGUUUCAAACAUAGUUCAAAUGAAAAAAUUAAUUUUAUAGAUUAAAAAUAAGUAAUACAAAAUGACAGAUUUAGAUAGCAAGCUAAGAGGGGAAGAGAAUAUUAACUAUGUAUCAGAUUCAGAUGAGGAAGAAUGCAGUCGGGGCAGAGACUUAGAUGAUGAAAGUUCAACAGCGAAAGUCGAUGUUCCUGCAGAAAUAAAUGACCUGCCACAAUUUGAUACGUCUGGACCAAAGACUGGACCCAAAGGUGUUUUAGAAGAUUAUCGGAGAUAUCAGGAAUUAAAAAAGUUACAAGAUGCUGAAGAAACAAAGGAAAGAAUUGCACUGCAUAAAAAACAUGCUUUCACUGUUGAUGUGGAUAAACACAAAGUUGAGGAAGAGGAAAACUUUGACGUUGAUGAUGAUGAUUUUUUGAAGAAAUACCACGAGAAAAGGCUUGCUCAGUUGCAAAAGGAAAUGGAAAACAAGUUGACAGAAAAUGCCCCAAAGUUUGGUCAGCUGUUGGAACUAAAUGGAAACAAACUAAGUGAGGCUAUUGACAAAGAGGAUCGCAAGGUCAUUAUUGUAAUCCACUUAUAUGAAGACACAAAUUCUUCGUGUAAACAAAUGAAUGCAUGUUUAAAAUGUCUUGCGAAGCAGUAUCCAUACAUAAAAUUUUGUAAAGUACGAGCUUCAACAGCCGGACUCAGUUUAAAUUUUAAGAUGAAUGCUUUGCCAGCAUUGCAAGUUUACAAAGAACGUGUCUUAAUUGGCAAUUUUCUAAAGAUGCAGGACAAACUUGAUGAAGAAUUUUAUGCAUCUGAUGUUGAAAACUUUUUGAUUGAUUCUGACAUUCUAACAAAUGGGACUAAUUUCGAUCAGGAUUUGGUGGACAGUGAUUAUGAACUGGAUUAAAUAUGAAAAAGAAGAUUUAUUUUUUACUAGUCAAUAUAAAAUUAUUUCUUGUAAUAAAAGGUUUAAAUUAGAAAUAUAACUUAAGUUCGCCAAAAUUUUUCAAUGAAAAAAAAAAAAAAAAGAAGAAAACAUCUUCUUAGCUGGGAGCACUGUACGCCACUUGCCAUUGAUCUUUUUUAUUGAUUAUGUUUUUGUAAAAUCUAUUAAGAAUUAGGUCAUACCAACGAUGGAUAAAAAAUUGGAUUCGCAAUUUUAACUUUAUUGUUCAUUUAAUGAUUCACAAAAAUGAAUCCUGUAGAAGCCUUUCUCUAAAAAUUAUUUUUAAUUCUGUGUUUUCUUACAUGAGGAUUUAGUUACAGAUACAUAAUAUGUAUUAAAUAAAUAUUUCCAUUAUUUUGAUUUAUUAUUAUUGUUGUUACUUCUGUAAAUACAACUAUGAUAUACAAAGUGAAUUUAAUUUAUAUAUACUAUAGAACUUAUAUGCAUAGUAUCUGUACAUCAGUUGUGCUAUUAUUGUGACAUGAUUUUUAGCAUUUGAAUACUGUAAACUCGUGAUUGCUUCAAUGUUUUUCUAUGCUUGAUUGAAUUAAGUUGCUUAAACUAACUAUUUUAGGAUUUUGGUAACCAAUCUGUACUGAAAACGGUUUAGUUGUAUUAUGUAACACUUCUAUAUUUAUCUCCUGUGAAUCUAUGUAUAACCAUUCAGGCAUUUUAAAUCUAUAUCACAGGUCUUUGUUUUUUUUAUUAUAGUUGCCUCCUUUAGUUUCAUCGAUUUGAGGUCAAUGCUUCUAAUACUCUAUUGGGGCAUACAAAAGAUGAAUUUCAUGUUUCACUAAUGUAAUUAGCAGAAUAUUCAGAACAAAGAAAACAUUAUGUACUACUUUCGACAUUAA